AUGGCCACCAAAGAUUUUGCAACAGCAAUGAUCUUCUUAUCACAGACUACAGUUGGUAUUAUGGCAAAUUUCUCUCUUCUUUACCAUUAUAUUUUCCUUUACUUCAAGGGAUGCAAGUCAAGGUCCACAGACUUGAUUCUCAGGCACCUGACUAUAGCCAAUUCCUUGGUCAUCCUCUUUAAAGGAAUCCCAGAGACCAUGGCAGCUUUUGGAUGGAAAGAUGUCUUCAAUAAUUUUGCUUGCAAACUUGUUUUCUACAUUCACAGGGUGAGCAGGGGAGUGUCCUUUGGCAGCAUCUGUCUCUUGAGUAUCUUCCAGGCCAUCACCAUGAGCCCCAUAAAUUCCAGGUGGGCAAAGCUUAAGGUGAAAGCUCCCAAAUACAUUGGCUUCUCCAGUGUCCUCUGCUGGAUCCUGCACAUGUUGGUAAAUAUAGUUUUUCCUUUGUAUCUGACUACCAAUUGGAGCAAUAAAACCAUCACAAACAAAAAAGACUAUGGAUACUGUUCUGCUGUGCGUCAUGACAAGACCACAGACUCGCUGUAUGCAUUAUUGUUAGCAUUCCCUGAUGUUGUGUGUUUGGGACUCAUGCUCUGGGCCAGUGGCUCCAUGGUUUUCAUACUGCAGAGACACAAGCAGCGAGUCCAACACAUUCACAGGAACAACGUCUCCCCCAGAUCCUCCCCUGAGACCAGAGCCACCCAAGGCAUCCUUGCCCUGGUGAGCACCUUUGUGUGUUUUUAUACCCUCUCUUCCAUUCUGGCCAUUUUUGUAGGAGUUUUCAGUCAUCUCAGUUGGUGGCUGAUGAACUUGACUGCACUAACUGCUGCAUGUUUCCCAACUGUCAGUCCCUUUGUUCUCAUGAGCUAUGACUCCAGUGUCUCCAUGUUCUGCUUUUCUAGGAUAAGGAAGAAAAAAUCACCUCAUCUUGGCAGAAAUACCUGUGUGUUCUUGCACAAGCUACAGUUGUUUGUUUAUUAA